ACUCAGUACAAGGUCAUUCUGGGAUUCCAAUUCCAGAGUUGGGACGCUGACCACAGCAACUCCACCCCAUCUCAGGCCCACUGCAGAGAGUCAGGUUCUGAAGAAUCAGGAAAAACAAGGCACAAAAAAACCCAGAGUAUGAAAGGGCCAUGGGGUGAAGCUGGUGAAGGAAUGCACUUCCUGAAAGCUGCCAGUGCUGGGGGCCACUAACUGUUGGGAUCCACAGUGUCAAGCAGCUAGAAAUGCAUGGCACCAGUCAGAGAAAGCCACGCUGGGCAGGGGUCAGUGGAUAUGAGGCUGACCUAACCAUCCUGGGGCAUGCAGGAGAUUUCGGGAAGCAGCCCUCACCGCAGUGGAGCCUUCUGGAAGCCAUCCUGGUCUCAGGCAGGCACCUGGGGGGUGCCCUGUGUUGGUGGGGGCUGGGAAGUAGCUGGGGUGCAUGGGGAGGAAAGGGAAGUGGCACAGAAUCCCAUGCCUGUUAUUCAUGAAACAGGCACUUGUUGAUGGUCUGCUGCGUGCCAGGCCUUGUACCCAGUCCUGGGAGUGUAGAGGUAACCCAAGAGACUAGAAACAGGCUUCUUAAGGAAAAAUUAAAUCUGCCCCCAACUAGACUCCCUAUAUAGUCAUCCUGGCCAGACCUGAGCUGCCCUCUGUGCCAGCCGCUGGGUCCUGACUUCCACAGUGGCCGUGCUCUCAUGCCCUCCCAUGCCCAUGCGCUCUCUGGUCUGCACAGGCCAGGUGUUGGGAGAGCCAGGCACAGUGAUGAGCAGCCCCCCCCAGGUGACCUGUCUCUGACCCAGAUAUCAGGUAGCUGGGCUGGGGAGGAGGCAGGAGGGGAAGGGGCCAGGAGGAUUGUUUGACUCAUCGGAGGUGUCCUGAGGUUUCCCGGGCUGCAGCAGACAAUCAGCGCAUUGUCACCAGGGCUGCAUCAUGGAGCAGGGGAGCUGCCGGGCCGAGAGCCCCGGGUCUAGACCUGUUGGGGUGAGUGCCUCCCACCACUCGGUGCCCUCUCCUUGGACAAAGACCCAGGGCCUGUCCUGCAGGGGCAGGAGAAGCGUCCACCUCCCAUACCUCCUCAGCCCCUUCCUUCCCUGAGCCAGCCUGUUGCCUGGUCUCCACUCCAAGCCCCAAUGACUGCAAUGUGCUUCCACGUGAAGACCAAGCCCUGCCAUGGGGGCUGGAGAGCUCCUGGCCUGCUACUGCUGCUGCUGGCACUGGCUACCGCUGGGGCCGUGGCUGGAGGGCUUCUUGGCUUCGCUCACAGCCCUCUCAAGCCACUGCUGCAGACGCUCCGUCUGACCCUCCCGAGCCCCAGCGUGCCCCGGACCAACCAAACCGAACAGGUGGAUGUGGCCCAGAAUGUGGCAACCAUCAGGGUGACUCCAGCUCAGAGCAACCACAGCUGGGCAGUGCUGUUCGACGGGCAGAGUGGUUGUGUCUGUUACCGCCCCUCAGAGCACCGGGCCUGCUUCCUCCGCCUAAUGGAACCCGGAGACCGCGAGACCCUGCAGCUGCUGGUGAACACCUCUUGGCCCCAAGGGACUCGCAGCCCCAGCCAGGACACCCACUAUGCCCAGGAGCUGCUGGCAGUGCUUGGGAGCCGUGAGGUGGACCCUGCCCAGGUGGGGGCUUCUGUGCGGAACCUUUGUGCAAAGACCCCCAUUUACUGGGCCCGACGAGCAGAGAGGCCCCAGAGGCAGCGGCUGAUCUACCUAUGCAUCGACAUCUGCUUCCCAAGCAACAUCUGCAUGUCCGUCUGCUUUUAUUACCUCCCGGACUAAGCCCUUGCAGCGCAGCCCCUCAGGUCAGCCAGCUGGCCGGCGCAAU